GAGGAGGAGGAGGAGGAGUGGAGAAGUGAGAAGCACUCGGUGCCUACAGCUCAGAUUAGACAGAAGCUGCAAGAACCAGCUCUAGGAGGACGCCUGCUCUCCGACCACUCUGGGAUAAAACUCUUUUCUCCGCUCGGAUUUCAGUCUCCUGGAAGCAAUUCUGCAAAAAAAAAUAGGACAUGGCUAGCUCAACAAACCUCUCUACCUCCUGGACAUUUUGGGUUUUCAUCUUGCUUCUGUCCGACUUCCUAUGUUUAACUGAUGCUCAGACUCCUCCCGCGGGAUGCGGAAACAUCGACUCGAUAUAUUACUAUUUAUGUGACCUUUCCUCUGCAUGGGGUAUAGUUCUAGAAGCCAUUGCCAGUGCUGGCAUCGUGUCCUCGUUCAUCCUCACCAUCGUCCUUCUAGCCAGCAUCCCCUUUAUCCAGGACAAGAGGAAGAAAAGCAUCCUGGGAACUCAGGUCUUUUUCCUUAUCGGCACUUUUGGCCUCUUCUGUUUGGUCUUUGACAUGAUAGUCCAAAGGUACUUCUCCACGUGCGCGUCGAGGAGGUUCCUCUUUGGCGUACUCUUUGGCAUCUGCUUCUCGUGUUUGUGGGCGCACGCCAUUACCCUCAACUACUUGGUGAGGAGGAACUCUGGGCCGAGCGGCUGGAUCGUUUUCGGCAUAGCUUUGGCCCUUUCUCUCGUAGAAGUCAUCAUCAACACCGAGUGGCUCAUUAUCACCGUCGUACGGACAACGGGCACCCCAGGAGUGCCAUGUAACAUUACAAACCCGGAUUUCGUCAUGGCUCUGAUUUACGUUAUGUUCCUCAUAGUGGCCGGGUUCGUGACCUGCUGGCCAGCGCUGUGCGGGCGAUAUGGCCACUGGAAGAAGCAUUCGGCUUUCAUCAUCAUCACCCUCUUCCUCUCCGCUUGCAUUUGGAUCGUUUGGAUUGUUAUGUACGUUUAUGGAAACAGCCGCGUUGGAGACCCAGUGUACUGGGAUGACCCAACGUUGGCCAUCGCUCUCGUGUCCAACGCCUGGGCCUUCAUCUUCUUCUACAUUAUUCCCGAGAUCUCACAGCUGACCAAAGCAAACAUGGAGCAGACUUUCGAAGAGGAGCUCUACCCGACAAGAGGGGUGGGUUAUGAAACUAUCCUCAAGGAACAAGGUACUCAGAGCAUGUACGUGGAGAACAAAGCCUUUUCUAUGGACGAGUCACAAGCAGCCAAGAGGCCGGUGUCGCCCUACAGCGGGUACAAUGGGCAGAUGAGGAGCAGCGUGUACCAGCCGACAGAGAUGGCGCUCAUGAAUAAGAACAAGUCCGAACUGCCGUAUGACAUCAUCAUCCCCAGAGCCACUGCCAACACCCACCCAGUCACCAGCGGAAACUCCACACUGCGGGCAGAGGACGCCUACCCCGCGCAAAACCGCCAAAACGCAAGCAACGGACAGUCAAACUCUCCGUACAACCAAUGGUGAGACCCGGAUCUUACGACAAGCUGGAGUUCGCCCUCCUGAGGAAUCGGCUGCAUCAAUGACUUAUCGGACAUGUAACUAUGGAGCGUUCUUUGUAUGAAGCCAUGGCCGCCACGAACAACCUUCCCAGGGACUGCUCUAUACCAGACCGAAGGCUUAGAAAAAAUUUAAAUGGCGCCUCCGCCAAGCCCCCAUCCCCCCCAAGGAUCCCGCAGCAGCCAAUCAAACUCAUGGAGGGUCAGCUGUCAACGAGAAGGUCAAGUUUAGUCAACGACAGGUUACCAUGGCGUUACAUUUUGCAGCCCGUGUUCGCGGCUGAGGUUUUGUUUGCACAGUUUUUACUUUUCCAAGGGCGUCGUUCGCCGCCCGCCGAUGAAGGCAGCCAUUUUGAAAAGUUGGGUUUCCCAAAAGCAUGGAGCUGUCAAAGUGUCCGAGGGAAGGGCGGCGUUUUGUUGGCCGUGGCAACCAGGAGGAUUCUCAAUCGGGAGCCUUCUGAAGAUCAUGGCUAUAACGGGGGAUUGCUUUUGAUGCACUGUGGUAGUGUGGCGGUUAAGGAGUAUGUGCACCCUCAGUUGACUUUUCAUCUUGGGGAGGGGGGGGUGAACUAUGCCUUAAAGCAGAACUGAUCCACCCCCUAUCCUUCACAGCCGAGGGUUGGUCAUCUUAGGCAUCCAAAAAGAAAACAGGUCCAUCUGCCCAAAAUUGGGAACAUUUGGCGCUCUAUGAUGUCAUCAGUCUGAUGGUCUAGGGUUCAAAAUGGCUGCCUUCGGCGUGUACACUAGAACAGCCUUUCUCAACCUUUGGUCAUUUCUGGUACCGUUUAUAUGUAUUCAAAAUCUUGAGGGGCCCCAGUCUAAAAUGUAAAGAAAGAAAUGCAAAAAAAAAUUCAAGCCAAACCAUUCCGGAACCAUAUUCGGUAUUCAAAAUCUCGAGGGACCCCAGUCUAAAAUAAGUAAAAAAAGAAUUUCCCUGAAAUGUUCAAGCCAAACUUUCAUCCUUGAGUAAACCCAUCAAGGUUUACUUCCUCUUUAAGGUAAAAACUUUGUGGGGGAGCACCCAAAAUCCAUUCCAGGACCUGGCUGGCCAGGAAAGGGAACAUUCACGCUCCUCUGCCCGCCACCCUCAACCAUACAUGCCCCCAACAUGGGAAAGGAGCCGAGGGGCCAAUAAAACCCCCCCACAAAUGGCCCAGGGUGUACAUUGUCCAGCAGUGUGGGUCCAUCAUCCAUCACCAUUAAUGGUUUCCGAGGUCCAGCCGAAAUAAAACACGAUGACCAGCUGAGAUGAUCUGUUCCCGUUGGACUCUCACCACGACCAGCAGCUAAAUGUAAACAAAGUGGCCCGGCAUGUUGGCUGACAUCAUUGACCAAAUAUGGUCAUGACCAUAUUCCUGUCUACAAGACAGCCUUUCUCCACGAGGUGCCGUCUAGUUCCCUCAGGGGUGCUACCAUUCAGGGGGAUCCAGAUGACAUCAUUGGUCGAAUAUGGUCAUGACCUUAUAUGGUUAAUGAUGCCUCCUGGGAUCCCCGGCUGGUAGCACCCCUGAGGGACCUAGACGGCACCUCGGAGAAGAAGGGCUAAUUUGUAGACAUUUUUAUUUUCGUUUUAAUUCACCUUUGACAGCACCCCUGACGAAACUGGAUGGUACCCUAGGGAGGCGCGGCACCUUGGUUGAGAAAGGCUGCACUAGACAGGUCCACUUUUAACUUAAUGGCAAUAUAUAAUGUUAUUUUUUCUUCUAGUUUUGGGGAAAUAAGGAGAUCAGCUGCUGCCUUUGUGCUACCAUAUAUCCCUGUGCCUUUGAGGACUACUACCCGGCUUAUUCAAGAAAGCAAAGGGCAAAAAAAAACUGGAAACCAAUUAAAAUUGAGUAUCAUAACCCCUACCAACCAUUUAGAAUUUAGUAUUAUAACCUAUGCCAACCAAUGAGAAGUUAUUGUCAUAACCCCUACCAACCAAUCAUAAUUUAGUAUUAUAACCCUACCAACCAAUCAGAAGUUAUGGUCAUAAGCCCUACCAACCAAUCAGAAUUUGUAAUAACCCCUACCAACCAGUCAGAAUUUAGCAUCAUAACUUCUACCAACCAAUCAGAAGUUAGCAUCAUAACCCUACCAACCAAUCAGAAUCUACCAUAACCCCUACCAACCAAUCAGAUUUUAUUGUAAUAAAACCUACCAACCAAUCAGAAUUUGUCAUAGCCCCUACUAACCAGUCAGAAUUUAGCAUCAUAACUUCUAUCAACCAAUCAGAAUCUACCAUCAUAACAUUUAUUGUCAUAACCUCUACUAACCAAUCCAAAUUUAGUAUUGUAACCCCUACCAGCCAAUCAGAAUUUAACAUCAUAUCCCCUACUAACCAAUCACCAUUGAUCUAUCACUGAUCAGAUUCCAGUGAGGCGCCCUCUGGUGGCUUUGGCUCGGGUUGCCUCUGCUUUCUUGAGUAAGCCCGACCGCUGGCCUGAUAGUCCUUAAUUUCACCGAUAAUCCGCGGGGUGGCGCCCGCCGCCUUAUAAAGCGAAUCGAUAUUUGUAUGUCUAUUAUUUACCUGACUUUCUGUAUAAUAAAAUAUUGUAAAGAAUGUUAUUUUUACACUGUUUUUGCGUGUGAACGUGCGAAUGUGGCAUGAAUGAACUGGUUCCUGCGGGGGAGGGGUUUUCGGCGUUUCCUCUCCGCCCUCCUCAGCGGGAGCCAAUCCCGCGCUGGUUUCCAGAAAAGAACGUGUGCGCUAUUUAAAUCAACCAAGAAAUCCUUGUAAAAUUCGUCCUAUCCGGAGGCGUCUUGUCUUUACGUUUGUAUAUUUUUGUUUCCGGUAAUAUUAAAUAAAACAUUUAUUUAAACGAAAA